AUGACUGAUGCUUGUAUAUGCCAGGAGGAAUUUGGAAGAGAUAGUGUAUAGAGUUUCGAAGGCCGGGCUAUCAACAUUCGUUUGGAACGGAACCCCGAAAGAAUAUAAAUUUAGAAACAUAAACAUUGAAAGAUUAGCUAAAACAGGGGAAAAUUUCCUAAUUGCGGAAAAGAACGCUUCUCAUGUCAUCAGACGAGUCAGAUGAACUGUUUUAGUGUCAGGCGCUCUGUGAAUAAUUAUUUUCUUCUUCUUUUAGAGGAGAAUGGCUACCGCAACAUCGAUGUUCUACUGGGGUUAUGCGAUUGUUCUGAGCAAGUUUGUCAUUUUCUUUAUUGAUACCGGCAUCGCGAAAUCUUUCGGAGUUCUCAUUCCGACCAUGGUCAAACGUCUAGAUACGAAUUAUGCUACUGUUGGGUUAAUAUGUAGCAUGCCGUCAACGCUCAUGUAUCUCCUAAGUCCAUUGGUAAAGCUAUUCCUGACGGAGACCAACACACGCGUUGUUGCUAUAUCAGGUGGACUUUUGUGUGGAACGUGUAUAGCUGCCUGUGCAUUCUUUACAAACGUAGUGGCGAUUGGAGUUUCUCUCACCUUAUCGGGUCUCGGAUUAUCGAUGAGCUUCAUUCCCAUCCACCUUGCACUGAAUGACUUUUUCCCAGAAAAAUAUGUUUUGAUGAACACUAUAUGUUUAUAUGGUUACACUGCCGGUUCUAUGUUGCUCCCGAUUUUGAUGGAGAAGUCUCUUGAAGCCUAUGGUUAUUAUGGGGCGUUUCUCAUCCUUGGGGGAGUGGCCUAUAACUCCAUGGCGUGCGCAACAACGCUUCGGAAGGUACCAACGAGGUCCACCUCGAAUGAAGCUCAGGAUCACAUCACAUCGAAUGACCGGAAGUGUGUCUCUCGAGCAAAACCGCUGCCUGAAGAAACCCCGUUGUUUCGUCAAAUCCAAGUGGAGGAUGAGGAAGAAGAACAUGAAGAAGGAGUGCCAGAACAAUCGGGACUGAUUCAGUCCAAGAAGUGUCGUAUUAAAGAGCGGGAGAUACCACUGGAAUUGCAAUCCACUUGCAUAAGAACAUUCUUUCAAGCCUGCAAAGGUUCUUGUGGAUUAUUCAGGGAGCCUUUUUUUGCCUCCACCAUCCCUAUUCAAUUCCUUCAAGCGUACACAAGUUAUUCAUGGAUGCUAUUUCUAGUCCCCCAUACCGAACAACUGGGUAUCCCAUCUUCUAAAGCAGUCUACCUCUCCACAAUUGGUGGUAUAGGUGGUAUCAUCGGUCGCACCGUCUUCGUAGUUUUCCUCGGUAAAGGAGUCAAUGCUUUUGCCGUGUACAUCCCCGUAGGUUGCGUCUGCACUGCAACAUUUCUGCUGGACUUCGUCAGCUCUGAUUACAGGUCACGUGUUGUAUUAGCCUUUCUCCAAGGGUUUUCUUUCUUUAUCGAAGAUACCAUGCUUUCCACAUUGUGCAAGGAGGCAGUCUUUGACGACAUGAAUACAGCCACGGCGUUGACGACCGUUGCAUUCUGGACCGGAAUGGGGGCUACAGCUGCAGGAAUAUUCACAGGAUACCUGUUUGACAUCACCCAGUCAUUUACGAAGGUCUUUAUCAUCCUCGGCAUCACCCACGCCUUCAAAGUCGGUCAUCUUUUUAUCGUGGCGAUCAUCCUUUUCAAGAGAAAGCGGUAGUAUGCCACGGUGAUAUUCUUUCAUCAGAGGUUACGCCACAAACUCAAGAGGUCGCACUG